AUGGGCUUCUUCAAGAAAUCCGAUAAGGCCGAUGGCGACGAUGACAACAACCGCCGUGCCCUGUUCGGGUCCCGUAACAAGAACAAGAGCCCUGCUCAGAACUCGAAUCCCUACGCACAGCCUAUCCCUACAGACCCUUACACCAAAGCCAAGGUGAAUGCCGGUGUGGCACCAUCACCGAACCAACCUGGCGGCAACGGGCCCCACGCCAUUCCCUCAGACAACAAGUACUCUGCCUACACACCCAACGCUUAUGGUAACCAAGGAGGAUACGGAAGCGAUCGAUUUGGCAGUGCUAGUUCCGGUGCUGGCUCCGGAACACAAUCCCGGUAUGGCGCCGGUGGCUAUGGCGGACUUAGCGUUUCAGAUCCUAAUGACCCCUCGGGUGGAGAUACGGCACGAAAUGAGCUUUUCGGAGGAGCCAAGGACCGGGCUAAGUCAGGUUCCAGCGGUGCUCCCCCACCUUACAGCGAAGGGGGACAAGGUGGGCAGCAAGGUCAAGGUCAGCCUGCUUACGGUGGCGGUAGCAACGAAUACAGCAUGGCCAAGUUCGAAGACCGUCAAUUGACCGCAGAGGAAGAGGAGGAGGAGUCUGUACAGGCGACGAAGCAGGAAAUGCGCCACGUCAAGCAGGGUGAUGUUUCGUCUACACGGAAUGCUCUUCGUGUGGCUGCCCAAGCUGAGGAGACUGGACGCAACACCUUGGCUCGUCUGGGUGCGCAGGGUGAGCUCAUUCAUGGUGCUGAGGACAGCUUGGAUAUGGCGACCGUAGAGGGUCGUCUUGCAGAGGAGAAGGCUCGCGAGCUGAAGACUCUGAACAAGAGUAUGUUCGCUGUGCAUGUGGCGAACCCGUUCACCAGCGCCUCGCGCCGUCGGGAGCGUGAUGAGAAGAUCCUGAAUACCCAUCGUGAGGAGCGUGAUGCUCGGGAUGGUACACGAUCGGAAGCGUACCAGUCAAAUGCACGCAUGGAACGUAUGUUCCGUGAUAUUGAUCGUGAUGCCCAGAAAGCCGGUAAGGCUAAGAAGGCGAGUGUGACUGAACGAGCAAAGUAUCAGUUUGAAGCCGACAGUGAGGACGAGGCCAUGGAAGAUGAAAUUGAGCAAAACUUGGACCUUCUGCAUGGCGCCGCCGGUCGGUUGAAUGGUCUGGCCAAGGCCACUGGUCGUGAGCUUGACGAGCAGAACCGACACCUGGAGCGUAUCACAGGCAAGAGCGACUUCGUCGACGACCAAAUUGCUAUGAACCGGGCCAAAUUGGACCGCAUUCGCUAA